AUGUCUAGUAAAGCCCAUCGUCUCCUCUGUUUUCCCCUCCUGCCAGAGCGUUACCCAUAUGUCCGCUGCGUGCGUUUUUUCUUAGAACCUGACCUUGGAGAAAAGAAAGCAGAGGCUGAGCUGUUUCUGAAGCCCACUGCCAUAACUCCGGCCAGCAAGAAAAGCGCCAGUCCCUGUGGGAAGACUGGAGGGGCUACGAGGAAAAGAUCCCACAGAAGCCCUAGCCCCAAGAAGAGCCCCCUUGGGCCUAGUCCCGAGAGGAUAUCUCCAUGCAAAAGCAGUCCCAGGAAAGACCAUACAUCAAGUUCUUUUAACUUGUCCCCGAGACCACUGAUCAUCAGUCCUCAAGCCAGGCGUCGCUCUUGGCGUCGUUCAAGCCUAAAGGGGACAAAACGCCGGAAAUCGCUGCCCCCUUUUCACCAAGAUGUCACCGAAUUAAGCAAAUCAAUUAGCCUAGAUCUGCCAGAGACAGACAGGCUUUCCAUGCUGCUCCUGUCCAGUUUCCAGUAUUCUGCCCAAAAGCUUGAAUACUUCUUGAAGCAGACUGAUGGCUUUAGCCCUGAGGCUUUCAAAGCUAAUGUAAACUCGGUUUCAGAAGAGCUGAAGCGAUACGUGCAAAAAUUGAAACUAGAUGGAACGCUAAAGAACUGUGUAGAAGAGCCUAAAGGGAUUUUACUGGACUCUGCUUUAGAUGAGUCAUUGGCCCAAAUUAAGGAGUAUAUAGCCAGGUUUACUACUGAAUGUCGGUCUUGGGAUCAACUUUUACUGGGCUACCAGAAAAGUGCUGAAGAAAUGUCCAGACAACUAGAGGAAUGCAAGACUAAUCAAGGCCAUGCGGAGCCGCAGAAUUAUCUAGGAACAUCUCAGGCCAAAGUUCUUGGCAGCAAGCCCAACUAUCAGAAGAUACUAGAUGACCAGGGGGAAGUCUUUACCUGCAUGGAGCUUGUGCUGGAUGAACUACAGCAAGCAGUGAAGUUGCUGCAGGCUUUCGCCGAAGACGGGACGCAGUACCUCCGGGGCCUGUCGGAGAGGCUCGGUAAGCCCCGGCAACGCUCCUCUUCUUCUCCUCCUAGGGAAAUCGGCAGCUUCGCUGUUUGGUGUAAAAAAGGGCAAGUUCCGCACUCCACCCCCCCGCCCCUUCCCAGCCCAAGGACGGUUAGUCUGGGCCUGAAGCAGCUUUCAUUGCAGCCUGCUGACACAGACCACAAGUCACCAGAGAAGUCUGGGCCUCCAUUUGGCUCAAAACAUGCAUCUCUCACCCAGCAUGAAUCUGUAUAUGAUACUUCCAACAUCUACGGGCUCUCAGCUAUGGAUGGAGUACCUUUUACACUACAUCCCAGAUUUGAAGGCAACAUCAAUUCUGGCAGUAACACCAUCCUUGCAGACCUGAAUGUUAAGUCUCUUGCUGAGAUUGAGGAAGAGUACAACUAUGCUUUUGUAAUUGAAAGGACUGCAGCUGCCAGACUCCCACCCAGCAUUUGUUAGCACUGGAGCCUAACCUUCCCCUUGAGGAUGUAAACUACCGACCCGCAUCCCCCUGGUCUUUCAUAGAUUAAAGUUCAGGGUACCUGAAGAAAUGUAAUCAAUAUAUGAGUACUGGAGUUGCCCAGGGAGAAAAUAAACAUUUCUCUUCUCACCUGCCAAAAUAUUUUUGUAACGUUUCUGAAAUACAGAGCUUCAACUUGGCACGUACAGCAGCAUAAGUCAAUGCAUAGGUGUUUUUGGCAGUGUUUGUUCUUCUCUGCUUUGUCAACACUACAGCUCUGUUCUGAGCAUUACCUCCUGCUAGAACAUUCAGUGUUUCAGUCAUGUAAGAACUCCUGUCAGCCUAGGCUUUAGUUCGUUGCUUUUCUACUGCGCUUAAGUCUCAUUGCCUAUUAAAACAUCACAAAGCUUUUAACCCCACAAAGGAAGUUCCAAACAUGUUUUAAAAUGCAUUGAUUCUGAUUUAGUUACUAAACUCUGUAAACGCUUCCUCAAGCGUAGGGCAGUACAAAACUCCCAACAGGUGGUGGUGUGUCCUGGAAACAUUGAAAAAUCAGUGGCCUUGAUUGUUACACAGAGGUGGUUUCCAUGGGAUAAGGAGGAACACUUCCCCAUGCCUGUUCCUGCACAGGAUCGGAGUAAUUGUCAAAAAGAUAAAGAUGAUUCUUGUGAUGCGGAAACAUGGCUCUGGGUGCUGUCCUUGUAGCAC